AAACAAUGAGAGGGGUUAGUUAAAUAAUCGCAAAAAAAUGGCGUCAAUAGCGCUGGAUGCAUACCGCCAUCAUCGACUUUGUGCGAUGUCGCCCUCCAGAGAGUCGAUUUCGUGUACGAGCACAAAAGGACUGCUAAACGCACCAGGACAGAACAACUGCUUUCUAAAUAGUGCAGUACAGGUGUUAUGGCAUCUGGACAUCUUUAGACGAAGCUUUAGGGAUCUUUCAGGACACGCGUGUAUGGCGGAGUCUUGCAUCUUCUGCGCGCUCAAGGAGCUGUUUUCACAAUUACAAUUUUCAAAUGAAACUGCUCUCCCGCCCGAUGCGCUCAGAAGAGCGUUAGCCGAAAGUUUUUACGACCAACAGCGUUUUCAACUGGGAUUUAUGGACGAUGCAGCUGAAUGCUUCGAAAAUAUGCUUCUGCGAAUUCACAUGCACAUCGCUAAAGGAGAAGCCGAAGAUAUGUGCAACGCGCGACAUUGUAUUCCACAUCAAAAAUUUGCAAUGACCCUUGUCGAACAAAGCGUGUGUUCGGCAUGCGGUGCGUCAUCUGAACCGUUGCCGUUUACACAAAUGGUGCAUUAUGUGUCAGCGUCCGCCUUGACGGCCCAAGCUCAUCAAGUUAUGUCCGGUCCCAUGCAAGUUCCUGUAGAUUUAUUCGGGAAACUUUUAAGAAGAGCUGGAGGAAUGGGAGACAUUCGAGAUUGUCCGAGCACGUGUGGUGCAAAAAUACAAAUCAGAAGGUCUCUAAUGAAUCGCCCCGAAAUUGUCUCUGUGGGAAUAGUGUGGGAUUCCGAAAGACCAACACUUGAACACAUUAUGGAUGUAUUUGCGGCAAUUGGUACCACUCUUCAUCUUGCCGACGUCUUUUACAGUGUGGUAGAUAACAAAUGGGCCGAUACGACUUUACACAACCUAGUCGGCGUUGUAACCUAUUAUGGGAAGCAUUACUCCACAUUCUUUUUUCAUUCGAAAUUACGAGUUUGGAUUUAUUUCGAUGACGCCACCGUGCGCGAAGUUGGACCUCGAUGGGAUCAAGUUGUCGAUAAAUGUCGACGUGGGCGUUAUCAGCCCUUAUUGCUGUUGUAUGCGGUACCCAACGGUACGCCGGUGAAUACGGAAAACGCCCCAAAACAAGUAACUCCAUUUUACAACGAGAAAAUGCUGAAGACUACGCUGAUGAGGCGCUCUGUUACUCCUAGCCCCGAGAAACCAAAUGUCGGAAAUACGCGGCGUGCGAUCACUCCAAACCCCGACGGUAGUUUCUCACAAAAGCCACCGACUGCUUGUUCCUACAAUGAAUAUCAAAAUCUUUCGAUCAUCCAAGACAAAAUACGCGCUAAUUCUCAAUUAGAUGGAGUGGACACUGUAGAUGGUGAUAUUGGUAAAGAACCGGAGUAUGUUAGCAGGAAGGCAAUGGAAAAUGCUAUGUAUGUACAACAUGCCAAACCUCAAAUUCAUAGGACGUUAAGUAAUGGGUCUUCUUCUGGAAUGGAAGGAAUUUGCGUGCCAGAACACUUAAACAUACCAAGAAGGAGAGAUUCGGGCAAUUGGAGUGGCGAUCGUAAUAGUGCGUCAUCUUCUUCGUCGACAACCAUGGAAAAUCCCUACUCAUAUUUAGUAGGAAAAUUACCUCUCGCAAACAGUGGAAGCGUUCCCAGUAGUCCAACUCGUGGAAAAAGUGAUUCCUCAAGUGGAAGCAGUGGGGUGUACGAUGCAGGUUACGAUUCCUACUCGUUGUCUUCAAAUGACAGUUCUGCCAUGGCGACCGUUCAGCAUUUAAUGAAGCAGGGUCAUUUGGCUAAAAUACCCGAGGACUAUGGCAAUUCGCAAAAUCAACAAUUUGGAGUGAGCUGUGAUUUACUAUGCGAUGAAGCAGAUGAACUUUUGGGCAAAUCUCGUCAGUUAGAAGACGAGCACGAUCUUGUACUAGCUUUAGCGCUUUGUAAUGCCGCCGCAACUAAAGCCAGAGCAGCCAUGAACGCUCCCUACAACAACCCACAAACUUUAACUUUAGCCAGAAUGAAACAUAAUACAUGCAUAAUGAGAGCAAGGAGUCUGCACAGAAGAAUAACACAAACACAAAACCCUUCGGCGAAAGACUCGCAUCCAGAAAUACGCCACACUCGUGAAGGAAGCAGUGGUAGUGGUCGUCAUUCACGUCAAAGUUCAAGGGAUAAAGGUCAGCACUCAAGGCAGAACAGUAAAGAGUUGUUAGUGGUGUCGCCGACUCAAGAGAAACCACCGCAGCCAACGAAAAACAUCGAAAUAUACGCGACUUUACCCAAGAAAAAAGGUCUGUUGAAAAGCAAAGUAAUCGACUUUGAAGAAGAUGAAGACUACAUCUUGUACGAUAAACCACCGGCGAGGGAAUCGCGAGGUUUAUUGUCGAGAAUGAGAAACAGAGACGAAAGUAAGGUUAAGGAAAAACGAUCCCGCAGCGAAGACAGAAAUAAAAUAUCACGAGAUUUUUCACUAGCGCCUAGUAGUUUAUUUUCGAGCUCAAAAGAUAAAGAUACCCCAAAGAAAGAACAAAACCCCGACGAGAAUGAGGAUAAAAAGGAAAAGGAUAAGGGUGGCAAGAAACAACACAAAAUACGAAGGAAGUUGCUGAUGGGAGGUCUCAUUCGAAGAAAGAACAGGAGCAUGCCUGAUUUAACUAAAGGGAACGAGGAACCAAAAACUAAAACUCCACCUGUUUCAUCGGUAGAUGAUAGUAACGUGGGCGUGAAGAAUUCAGAUACUACUAGUUCCAGUAUGUGCGGGUAUCUGUCCGAAGGUCAUUUAGAAUUUUCGGGUACGACCACCAAUCCUAACUUGGAGAGAAGCCGCCUUAUGAGAAAAAGCUUCCACGGGAGUGCAGGUAAAGUUCUAACUGUGGCCAAAGUACCUCCACCUCCACCUUUGAGAACAACUUCGCAACUUUCACAACAAAAUGAUGAUGAAAUCUACGCAGUUGGAGAGGAAUACAGUGAGAACUCUCAGAAAUCGCGACCUUUUGCACAACAAGUGGACAUGCCUAUUGAGAGUAACUAUCAAAAUAUUAAUAAUUACAAUCAGCCAUACCAAGCAACACAGUUCUUGCCAUAUAAUACUGUAAUUACCCAAGCAGAUGUACAUCAAGAGCAAAGCCCAGCAAAGCAUUGCCAUAGAAAUCAAAGUAAUCCACCCAUACCGGAUGAUGGAGUGGAUGAAGUCGACUGCGUCCCAUCCCCGUCCUCGUUAGUUUGCCAUCAGCUUGAGCUGCCCCCUUACCCCAGUCCUUCUGGUUCAGUUAUCCACUCUCGGCAAGGAAGCGCCGAAUUUCCUCUCCCCCCUCCUCCAUUAGACCUCACCGCCCUUGAUGAACAUUUAUCAAUCUCUCAGGGCGGUUCUUCUCAAGCACCACCACCCGAAAGUCUGCUAGCGCAGCUUCAAUUAAAAAGACUGGAAAUCUUACCUCAAAGACAACCUGUUGAAACGCGCACAGUCGAUGAUACCUGGCUUAGAGAGUUACAAGCCAAACAACAAGCCAUUCGUGUGAAAAAAGGUCACUCAGAAAUGCAGUCGAGUAACAGUAAUAAAAUCAACGAGUUACGUAAAAUAUCCGUAGACUCUUUAAGAAAUGAACAAUCGAAGAUCACAUCAGUUAAGGAUUUAGCAUCGAAAUUUGAAAGCUCACAGUCGAUAAUCCCACAAAAUUCACCAGUAACAAAGUCGUAUAUUUCAAGAUCACCACUUAUUAUGCAAAAUGAUGGCCACAUUUCCUCAGUACAUUCAGAUCAGUUGAAGAAGAAGGACGACCAAGAAGUUAGCCAGAUUCAAAUUGCCGCCGAGAUUAGCGAAGUGGAAAAAUUAAACGCCGUCGUGCACAAUGCCCUAAAUUCCUACCAAAAUUAUCAAGAGGAGCGCAUAAAACGAAGUAAACCGCUCAAAAAGAAAAGUGUUUCGUUUUGCGAUCAAGUUAUACUCGUUGCUACAGCGGAUGAACAGGAAGAGGACGCUUACAUACCGAAUCCCAUUUUGGAACGUGUUCUAAGAACCGCAUUUACAAAGUCAGAUGAUGGCAUACAAGCCGAGUUACCUAGUGAAGAAAAUUCAGUUGCUCACGAUUGCUUAGAUUCAUCUGAUGGGAGACUGUCAUAUAGUACUCAAUUAAUACAGAAUUCUAUUAAUGACAACAUGUAUGUCAGAAGAAAUUCGUUAGAAAAUCUGCUAUCCACGAAUAAUAACAGCAUGCAAAGAUGUGGAGAAUACGCAAAUUAUCAAGUUGAACAUGUCGCACUUCAGCAACAGUUGCAGAGGCCACCAGGGUUUAGUGAUCAGUACAAAGUACAAACAUACAACCAACAAACUGUGCCAUGUCAGAGUCGAUCUUUAUAUGGUCCACAAGAUUGCCAACUAAACAACGAUCCUCGCGAAACAUACUAUGUGGCUAGAAGUACGCACAUGAAUAGUUCUAAUCAAGUGCGUCAAUCUCCGAUUCCUAUACAGCAACAGAACGUGCCUUAUCCGAAUCCGCAACACCUGUAUGUACAAAAUGUACAUUCGGUGUACACCCACCCUCCUACAUCAGCUACUCAUCAAUCAAUCAUGAACCCGCCUUAUACUCAAAAUAGAUCCCAAUAUUAUCAGAAAAUUCCAUCCUACUCUGCGUACAAGCAAAUUCCUACAAAUGGGGAGAGUCCGCCACAAGCUGUCUACCACAAAAUACCAGAUGGUAAUAAAUUGUAUUCACCGUGCCAACGAAUUCCAAAUCAACAAAUGAAUGGCGACAUACCACCACUUUACCAACACAUAGAAAGAAACUAUUCACCUUAUCAAAUGGUGCCAAAUCCAUCCACAAUUGAGCGCAAUCGAAUAAACGAAGAAUUAAUUCAUAGACAAUCACCAUCGUAUCACCCGCCAGCUUAUCAACAUGUGUUAUCGCCAAAACAAUAUCUACAAAAGAAGACCGUCAGUUUUGAACCCGGCACAAAGGGAGGUACCGAAUCGCCUACUCCAAAAGCGGUUGUAACGCCUAUAAUUGUAAAUCCUGUAAGUAAUAAAAAUAAUCUCGGAGUUAAAACAAAAUGUAACUUAUGUAGAAAGAAGUAUGUGAGUGCAUCGAAUUCUUAUUGUACAGACUGCGAAUUUUAUAUGUCUAGGUUUAAGCCUAAAAGCUAGUACCUAAUUAAGUUUUAAUUUUGUACAUACAUCUCUUUAAGCAAAUUUCAGUUCUUGCAACUGUAAAUGAAUUGUGAUAUAAAUGUUCAAAUUAGUUUGUAUAGUAUUAUAUUUUAUAAACAAAAUAUUUUAUUAAGAUCUCAGUAAUUUGUACAGAAUUUAUGGAACAAAUACUAUGUUUAAU